UUGCUUGCGUGCUUUCACGUAUCUUACUUGAAUUAGUUGAUCUAUAUAUUUUGCACCACUUUGCCUUAUCCUUCAUGUGGACAUUUCGAAUGCUUUUUUUCACUAUUUGGUCGUGUCCGGUAACGCUGAGAUAUUAUUUGAGAGGCUCUGAUUUCAGACAUGGAUCCAAAGAAUGAAGAAAAUCUCUCGAAAACACUGGAGCUCAGUGGCUCAGAAGUUGGUGGGCUCAACUUAGCAGUGGAUGCGAUGCCAAGGGGCGACGGUCGAGAUGGCAGGCAGAGUGGUGGCAGGACUGGUAAUACUGUAACGGAGAUAGAGGAGGGAGAUGCAACACCUGAUGGACAAAGUGAAGGUGCAGCCAACCAUGCUGAGAGUUACAUCCAGCUAACCUCUGUGAGAAGAGCCAAUCAGGAAAACACCAGUGAGGGAAGGAAGAAGAUGGGGGAGAGUGCAGAGAGGCACGGUUUGCUUCUGGAUAUCGAGGAGUCGUCGCGAGCAUCGGAGGAGCUGCUGCAGUGGGAGCCGGUGCCAUGCAGGGUGCUGACUCGGGUUGCGAUGUGGGAGUCGAAGAAUCUGUGGCGCUUGUCAUGGGCAUCAAUAGUUGUAAUGCUCUUCAACUUCAUGCUCAGCCUUGUGACCCAGAUGUUCGUCGGCCAUCUCGGUGAGCUAGCACUUGCCGGAGCAUCCAUUGCCAAUGUUGGAAUCCAGGGCCUCGCUUAUGGAAUCAUGCUGGGGAUGGCAAGUGCAGUGCAAACAGUCUGUGGCCAAGCCUAUGGAGCCAAGAAAUAUAAAUCCAUGGGCAUCGUCUGCCAAAGAGCCCUCAUACUUCACUUCAUAGCUGCAAUCAUCCUGUCGUUCCUCUACUGGUUCUCCGGCUCACUGCUCAAAGCGAUCGGCCAAUCGGAGUCCGUUGCAUCGGUCGGCCAGGUGUAUGCUCGUGGUCUGCUCCCCCAGCUGAUAGCCUUUGCACUCUACUGCCCCAUGCAGAGAUACUUGCAGGCCCAGAACAUUGUGAACCCUGUGGCUUACUUAUCAAUUGCAGUCUUGUUGUUGCACAUACUACUCUCAUGGUUGGCUGUGUUUGUUCUCAAAUUUGGGGUCCUGGGAGCCUCUCUCACAUUGAGUCUCUCUUGGUGGAUUCUUAUGCUUUCAACAUGGACGUAUAUAAUCUUCAGCCCAUCUUGUAAGGAGACAUGGCCUGGGGUUUCCAUGAAGGCCUUUAGAGGCCUUUGGCCUUAUUGCAAGCUCACACUUGCAUCAGCUGUUAUGCUAUGCUUGGAGAUAUGGUAUGUCCAAGGAUUUGUGCUGCUAACAGGCUACCUCCCACACCCAGAGGUCUCACUUGAUGCCAUUUCUAUAUGUGUCAACUACUGGAACUGGGAUUUCAUGAUCAUGCUAGGUUUGAGCAAUGCAGCCAGUGUUCGUAUUGGGAAUGAGCUUGGAGCUGGACACCCAAAAGUCGCAAGGUUCGCAGUCAUCGUUGUGGUCACGACAUGCGUCAUCCUCAGCUUGAUCAUCAGUGCACUAGUUCUUAUACUGCGCACUCCCUUGAGCCAGCUCUACACCAAUAGUACAGAUGUGAUUAAGGCAGUCUCCAAUCUGACACCAUUACUAGCGAUCUCAAUCUUCUUGAAUGGAGUCCAACCAAUUCUCUCUGGAGUUGCUAUUGGGAGCGGGUGGCAAGCAAUAGUAGCUUAUGUGAAUGUUGGUGCUUACUACUUCAUUGGACUUCCUGUUGGAUGUGUUCUUGGAUUCAAGACAAGCCUAGCAGCAGCUGGGAUAUGGUGGGGUUUGAUACUUGGGGUGUCUGUUCAAACUGUUACUCUCAUAGUCCUAACAGCAAGGACAAACUGGAACAAAGAGGUCGACAAGGCGGUCCAACGCUUGAAGAACACAGCAGAGGAAGAUUCUCUUUCCAUAACAGACAUUGAAUGAUCAACAAGGAAGAGUUUUGUUACUGAGAAACUUUUCCAUCUUGACAAGUUUUAUUUGAGUGAAGCAGUUUUGUCAUUCUCUAUAUGGUCGCUAGAACAAGGAAGAGUCUCUGAAAUCUUCAGAAGAAUUCAUGAUCUAAUUGGUGAAUGUGGAAUGUAAGAGAAUUAGAAACUGUUAAUGCUAGCAUGAAGUGAAUUCAAUGGCUAACUGCCAAAAA